AGGGCUGCUUUCACAGCAGGCCGAACCCGGAAGCGGUUUAAAACUCUCUCCGGCUCCGUUGUGGUCCUCCCCCCUCCACACUUUCUAUUCAGGGAAGCGGAGGAUUUUGUGGACCUCCCGUCUGAUUGCAGCGGGAAGAUGCUGAACGUGCCUUCUCAGUCUUUUCCUGCCCCCGACUCACAGCAGCGGGUGGCCCUCGCGGGACGCAGCAAGGUACCUUUGAAAUCAGGUCGAAGUCUUAUGGACUGGAUACGGUUAACCAAAAGUGGAAAAGAUCUAACUGGUCUAAAAGGAAGAUUGUUAGAAGUUACUGAAGAAGAGCUUAUGAAACAUAAUAAAAGGGAUGACUGUUGGAUAUGUAUUAGAGGGCUUGUAUAUAAUGUAACACCAUAUAUGGAAUAUCACCCGGGUGGAGAAGAUGAGUUAAUGAAAGCUGCAGGAACUGAUGGGACAGAUUUAUUUGAUCAGGUUCAUCGCUGGGUCAAUUAUGAAUCGAUGCUGAAAGAAUGCUUGGUUGGAAGAAUAGCCCUGAAACCUGCAGCUUUUCUAAAAGGUAUACUUCCGAAAAAAAAAGUUUUGAAUGACGGUUCCAAAGAAAUAGUUCCCAGUUAUGACUGGUUCCAGACAGAAGAUUCAGUCACUGUGGUAAUAUACACUAAACAAAAGGAUAUGAACUCUGAAUUGGUGAUAGCAGAUAUUCAAGAACGUACAUUCAGAGGAGAAAUAAUUGUGAAAGAUUUCUCGUACCUUAUUCAUGUUGAACUGAGUUAUGAAGUUUAUGAAGAUAUGAUAGUACAGAUUUCUGAAAAAGUGGGAAAAGUGGAAUUUGUCUUGAAGAAGAAAGAAAAUUUGUCCUGGAAAAAACUUGGGCAGCCUCUAAAGAGCCAUAAUUCUUUUGUCAAAUGUACAGAUAGAGGUUUGUAUUACAGGAAAUGCAAGCUAUUGUCAAAGACAAAUGUUAGUCAUGAUACUAGACUGUUCUGUGUAGAGUUACCACCAGGAACUCAUCUCCAAGUGCCAGUGGGACACCAUCUUUACCUCAAACAAACAAUUACAGGUACAGAGAUAGUCAAGCCUUACACACCAGUAUUAUCUUGCUUGGUAUCACCAUUCAAAAUCCCCUCUUCCAAUUACAAGGCACAAAUAUUUUUUAUGAUUAAAAUUUAUCCUGGAGGACUUUUUACACCGGUGCUUGACACUUUGCAAAUAGGAGACUAUAUUUCUUUGAGUAAUCCUGAAGGUAUUUUUAAAAAAUCACAACUGGAAGAUGUAGAAGAUUUGAUUUUAUUGGCAGGAGGCACCGGAUUCACACCAAUGGUUAAAGUGCUCAAUUAUGCUUUGAGUAAUAGUGCUACCCUCAGGGCAGUAAAAAUGAUGUUCUUCAACAAAACAGAAGAUGAUAUACUUUGGAAAAGUCAGCUGGAGCAGUUAGCCCUUAAGGACACGAGGUUUGACAUUCAGUUUGUUCUCUCGGAGCCAAAGAAAGAAUGGCCAGGCAAACAAGGAAAAAUCUCCCUCUCUCUACUUUCUGAAUUUGUGAAAAGAAGUAAACAUGAGUCUAAAAUACUUAUAUGCAUUUGUGGCCCAUUGCCAUUUAUGGAACAAGGAAUACAGUUUUUGCAAACUCUUGGACAUUCGGGUAACGACAUACAUUGUUUUACCACAUAACAAAAAGAGAAUAUUGGAACUCCUGUACAUGUAUUUCAUCAUCCUAUUUAUUACUUUCAUUCGAAGUUCAGCAAGAAGAUAUUAUGCAUGAAUAAUAUUCAUUUUAAUAUAAGUACUUGAAUUCUGUAUUCUUGGUCAAGAAAUAAUUUUAUAUUCUGCUUAUUUGUAAUUAUAUUUAUCUUUGCUACAAUGUGAACUGAAAUAUUUUAGAUAAAUUAGCUCAUUUUAUAUGCAAGGAGCAGAAUGAACUCUAACCUCCAUCGAGGAAGGUUUAGUAGCAUUCCUUUGCACUGAUAAGCACCAGAUACCUUUUCUUAAGUUAUAAUUUUGUUACUGUAAAACUCCUUACUGGCAAUAUAUUAGAAAAGUACAUAUAAAGUGGUUAACUCAGGAAAAAGAUUGAUUACAAUAUAAUCCUAUUAAUAUGAAGCUCUAGCGUUACAAAUGUUAGCUUUGUGUUCUUAUUCACAAUACAUAAAUUUUAUAUAAUGAAUUACUUUUUGUAUAAGACUAAUAAAGCGAGGAAAUGUUACAUUAAAAAGAAAUAUUUGUAUUAUUUCAGUCUUCUGUAUUGACUUUAGGAGAUUAAGAAUUGUUUGACAUCCCAUAUUCUGGAAGGAUGACUUUCUGACACUAGGUAGUCUUCAAUCUUCUAGAGAAAAAUUGAAGAACUUAUUUUAAAAUAGUUCGCUCUGGAAAUCAUGAUCAGGAAACUCUAUUAUUGUUUGUUUGUUAGAUUUAUAUCCUCCUUUUCUCUAGGAGCUUAAGGCAAUGUGUACAAUAUUUCCCUCUUCGAUUUUUCCACAACCACCACUCUGCAAAUGACUGAAAUUGGACACGAACCUACAAUAUCUUGCUUCUAAUUUAACAUCUGGAUGACAUUGGCCUUCUUUUCUGAAAUAUAUUUAAGAUUGCUUUGUAUCAAAGUAUGGAAAAAUGUAUAACAGGGUCAAUAAAAUAUCGAUUCUAAUGCUAUAAUUAAAAAAUUGAAAAUAUCUAGUAAUAAAACUUAGCAACAGUAAGAUUGGCAAAUGUAUGCCUGUACCACAAU